AUGCCAGCGCUCCUGGUAGGUACUAGUACGCCGUCUACCUCGCCCAGCAGCUCUUCAACUCCCUCAGACCAGCGUACGGAGAGGCGGUCCCAGUCGCGCUCGCCCAACCGGCCGCCCGUGUCGCCUAUCACACCGACUGUUGCCGCCGCACAACUUGCACGUCCUGAGCCCUCCGACGCGCGACCACGUGUCGCAGCCCCGCAGCCCCCGCCGACUGCGACCUUCAGACAGCAACCGCCUUCUGUGCCCAUAUCCGAGAGCGAAAACCCAGAUGCGAUAGCACUCCGUUCUGCCAUCUCGCUGCUGCAGCUCCAACGCGAGAAGAGCAAGCGCGACCUCAAGGCACUCGAAGACCUCAAGGCAGCCGCCGUGUCGGACCCUCAUGGCUUUGUGCGCUCUCUACAAGAGCAGCAGAAGGAAGCUGCGGGCAAACCCACCGAUAUCCUCACUCCCACGCUGUCCGAUAUAGCCGAGGCUGCGGCGAGCGAAAGUGUUGAGGAUAGUAAUGGCGAGAGCGGAGCGGUGAGAAAGGACUCUGCAGCAGUAGAGGGGCCGGGCAAAGACACCACCAAGUUCCCAGCAAUACCGCAACCUCAGAAUAUUGUGAGGUGUCCACCGGUCAAUUGGGCCAAGUAUCACGUCGUCGGAGAGUCGUUGGACAAGAUGCAUGAAGAGCAGAAACGGUACCCAGGCUCAAGUGAGCCUCCACGAACGCAGCAAGGAGCGAGAGCGCCACCCCAUCGAGUUGCUGCCCCAUAUUCGCCUUUCACGGACGGUGUUGGCGGGCCUCCAGCUGCCGCUCAAUCAUGGCGAGGACCCAAGAAGUCCAAAUCGCCAUCAUGA